AAUAGGCCAAUUUUGAAAGGCGUCCUUUCCAUAAAUUAAUUUCUUGUCUUUAGACGAUACAGCGGCUGUAGUGUAGUCCUCAAUGAGGUGCUCUUGCUGUCGUUAGUCGACAAGGUAGCUGUACAACUCGGCGUAGGUAACCGUAUGACGUUGUGUGCCUUCAAUUACUAAUAGGAGCUAGAGUCGCCAUGGACCUGGUUGGCCAGUCCGCUGCUAUUCCGACGGCCUACCUAGCAGCUCGCUACCAACUGUGCGCAAAUGCCGAAUUACUUGUGCUGCCGGGGCCGUCACACCGGCUGUCCGUUUACCGACUGGACGACCUAUGCACAGAGGUUGUUGGGCUGAGAUGUGAGCAAGCCCAUCGCUAUGCUGUGACCGGCAUGUCACUGAGCGUAUCAUCAAACUUGCUGGUCACUGUAUCAUCAGACAUGCUGGCCCUGUGGACCAAUCCUUGCAACUUGCCAGAUGACGUCAUUGAGGUGUACAGUAACCCUGGUUUGAGUCAGUGCGUAACACUGAGCGAAAGCGAGGAUUACGCAUGUCUUGCCGUGGACAAUGAUGUCAUAGUCGUGAAUAUUAUGGACCGUAAAUUAGAAGCAACUCUUCAAGGUCAUACAGCACCCGUGACAGCCAUCAAGGUCUUAACAGACUCGCCGCUUACUGUUGUUUCUGUGUCGGAAGAUCGUACUUUCAAGGUAUGGGAUAUUGAAGGUGGCUGCCUGCUGUAUCAAUCUGCAGUUCUUUCAGCGUCACCUUGCCUGUCACUCUCUUUGAACAGUAGCAGCGAGGAGCUAGUCAUUGGAUUCUCGGAUGGAAUGGUAAGAGUAUUUGACACGAGGAAGGACCAUGCUUAUUCGUGUAUCCAUGAAAUCAACACUGCUAAAGUAUGGACAAGUGUAAUAUCUGAACAAGCAACACUGACAGAUACAAUUGCCGAGUCUAGUAGUGGAGCCAAGAUUAUUUCCAGUUCUACGGGAAGGUCAGCAUACAACCACCAGCAGCUCGCAGCACCAGCUGUGCAGGCGUAUAACGAACCCCAGGAUGAGAGCAUGUUGGCUUCAGCAGGUUUUGCUGUGCUGGGACUGUCGAUUUUGGACGCAUCACCAGACUCUGCACCAUCAGCUACGUCAUCUUUUCCACCAUGCGCAUCGCGGCAAGAAGAAAUUAGCCGACGGAGGUUACGUGAUAUUCUCAAGACAACUGGAAAGCUGCUUGUGGCAACAGCAGCAUACGUUCAGUGUUUUACCAUGGGUUCAUGGCAAGUGGAGAAAACCUGGGAUCUGCGAGUGCCACUGCCAUCACAAACAACUACAAUGAUGGAGAGCGCAGGCAUACUUCCAACACCGGGUGCUAUCAUGUUCAGUAAAAGUGCGUACACGCGCAAGGUUUGGUGUAUCAGUGCUGGAGCACUGGUAGCAUCAGCCACUGUUCUACAGUUUCACUUCCCAGUCGCCACCGACUCUAGUCCACAAGCUGAGCAGAUCGCUGACAUUGAUGAUAAGCAUUGGAUCAGUGGUGGAUCUUCCGGAAACCUAGCCGCUGCAGAUCAGAGCCCAGAUGCGUCCGCUACAACAUCUGACGCUGUAUCUGUUCUGUCGAGCCAACCUCUACAGCCAAGCUCAGUGCUGGCUGUAGUUCCUCUCACACCGAGCAGCUCCAAGUCACUUGAUCCAACAGGUGGCCCUGGAAGAAAACAUCCCAUUGCUGGUGGUAAGCUGAAAAGCGGCUCGGCGCCUUCAGCGAAACCAGGUGUGAAAGACCAGCCCUUGACGUUCAAAUCUAAAGUGAAGUCUUCGGGUUACACAGCAGCUCCAAGGACAAAAAUGUUUGCACCUCAGACAAAAUCAUCCCCUACCAUGGCCAAGAAGCCAGCUGCAAUGAAGGUGGGAGCCACAGGAUCUGCUCUUAGUGGGAAAUCCGCCUAUCCACUGAGUGCAGCUGCACCAGUGCAUCGCAAAGCUUGCUUGCCAAUCAGCCCUCAACAGUCAGCCAUCACCAAGAUCCAGUACUCUGCUUCGGGGAGCUUACUGGCAUGUGCUAUGGCAAGGAAAACGCUGGAUGUAGUACGGACACCGCUGAACUCGACUUCCAAGAUCUCAACUGCUACAGGUCAUGAUGGUGCUGUCGUGGAUCUCUGCUGGGCUGCACACGGCGACAGGCUAGUGAGCGCUGGCACAGACCGCACUGUGCGCAUGUGGAGCUCGUCCAACCUCACUGAACCACUGCUUGUCUUUGAUCGGCAGCAUCACAGUGCAACAGUCUCAGCUUCGCGUGCUGGAGCAUUACAGAAGAAGCCAACCACUGACAAACAGUUGGGAAGUGCACCUCUCCAGGACGAUAACGGCACCUUCACUAAGGACAUCACUCAUUCUCGUUUCUAUUUCCUGGACAAGUUUGUCCUAAUCGCUCAUGGAAACACAUUUGGUUUGUACCAGUAUAACAUCAACACUGAGAAACCGGAUGACAUCAAACGAUAUCAGACAACUAACAAAUACAAAAUGUCAAAGCAGUUUCAACAUAGCACAGCUCAGGCCAUAACAGCUCUGUCCUGUGUGAAUUCUUUCAACUCCUAUAUCGUUCUUGUUGCUGGAUCUGACAAGUCUGUGGAGGUUUUCGACAUGAACGCAGGUCGCACGGCAAGGUCCAUGACGGAUGUGCAUACCCGCUCACCAUACCUGAUACGUCAGAACGAGGGCUCUCAAUUCAUAACCCAUUCGAGCGAGGCCUAUGAUCUCUUUCUGACAAGCGCACUAACGGAUGACAUCAAGCUGUGGGAUCUGAGAACAAACCGCUGUGUACGUCGCUACCAUGGGCACAUGCAGAGAGCUCACCAAGUCGGCAUGUCCUUCAGUCCAUGUUCUCGAUUUGUAGCUGCAGCAUCGGAAGACCGCUCGGUGUAUAUUUAUGACAUACGUCAAACAGCACACCUGCAUCGUCUGAGUGGUCACAGUGACACGGUCAGUGAUGUCACUUUCAAUCCCAAGUAUCCACAGCUGUGUUGCUCCACAUUGGAUGGCAGACUGUUUGUGUACAACGACAAACCCGUCUAGCUGUAGCUAAUAUAGCUUAUUCCUGUAGCUACAACUGCUGUACAUUGUGUGUACAGUUGUUGCACACCUGCCGUACAGCUAUGGACAAUCUCAUCAUUCUAGCCACUUUCACUUCCUUUCCCCAGGAGACUCCCUUUGAUAGGCAUCCAUUUGCCUCUGGAGAAUUCUUGAAAAUGUAAUAAAUCUGACUAAUAACAGUUACCGUAAUGUCGUGUAUAAAAGCAGGUGCUUAUGGCCGUAUACGCCGAGGUUCAAACCAUGCUUCUAUUCAAGUUAUGCUUCUAUUCGAAACAUGCUUCUACGUCAACAUCUUCUGUCUACACUGUGCAGUG